AAACAGAAGAAGAAGCAGAAGAAGAAGCAUGCGCUUCAUUAGCUCACCUGUGGAGGGAAGCUUUUACAUCUCUUCUAGUCUGGUUGAGUCUUGGUGAAAGCUGCGCUCUAGCUGCUCAGUAGCUGUUAAAGCAACAUUUCAAGAGAAGAGAACAACAGAGAUGUGGAGACAGCAGCGGCUGGGAGGAAAAGAAGGAGAGACUUCAAAAACUUCUAAAAAAGAAGAAGAACUGCGUCUCGACAUCAUGGAGGCUGAUUUCAACCCUAAAGUUCUGCUGCACAGAUUAGUGUUGGCUGCAGUCUAUAGAGUAGAAACUUUUAAAGAACAGAGUCCGGAGGAGGAGCAGCAGGAGUCAGAGCUCCUCCAAAUAAAGGAGGAACAGGAGGAACCCGGGGUCCAUCAAGGAGAGCAGCUCCUUGUGAAGGGAGAGACGGAUACCAAGUUUCCAAUUAACUGCUGCUCCUAUCAACAUGUUGGCUGCAGAAAAGAGUCCUAAGGUGGAGCAGCAGGAGCCAAAGCCGCUCCAAAUUAAAGAGGAACAGGAGGAACCCGGGGUCCAUCAGGAUGGAGAGCAGCUCCUUGUGAAGGAGGAGACUGAUACCAGGUUUCCAUUAACUGAUGCUCCUAUCAACAUGUUGGCUGCAGAUGUUAGAGAGGAGGCUCCUGAAGAACCGUGUCCCGGGGAGGCUCCCGAAGAACCGUGUCCCGGGAAGGCUCUCGAAGAACCGUGUCCCGGGGAGGCUCCCGAAGAACCGAGUCCCAGGGAGGCUCCCGAAGAACUGAGUCCCGGGGAGGCUCCCGAAGAACCGUGUCCCGGGGAGGCUCCGGAAGAACCGUGUCCCGGGAAGGCUCUCGAAGAACCGUGUCCCGGAGAGGCUCCUGAAGAACCGAGUCCCGGGGAGGCUCCCGAAGAACCGAGUCCCGGGGAGGCUCCCGAAGAACCGAGUCCCGGGGAGGCUCCCGAAGAACCGUGUCCCGGGGAGGCUCCCGAAGAACCGUGUCCCGGGGAGGCUCCCGAAGAACCGAGUCCCGGAGAGGCUCCCGGAGAACCGAGUCCCGGGGAGGCUCCCGGAGAACUGAGUCCCGGGGAGGCUCCUGAAGAACCGAGUCAUGAGCAGGAGCAGCAGGAAUCACAGCUCCUUCAAAUAAGGGAGGAACCCGGGGUCCAUCAGGAAGGAGAGCAGCUCCUUGUGAAGGAGAAGACUGAUACCAAGUCUCCAUCAAUUGCUGCUCCUAUCAACAAAAAUCAGUCAUCAGGCCAGCGCCCCUCUCAGCGGCUGCAGAAUGGGGAGGGACCACCGAGUGGACGUACAAGGCGACGCCGCAGUGGCACCAGUGAGAGAGGUAAUGGUGCGGAUCGCCGCAUCAUUACCUGCCUGAAGUGCUUCAGACCACAGAACCGGUUGUCUUUCCACCUGAGGAUCUGCAUGAAGAACAAAACCAAUGAGGAGAGGAAGGCAGAGUUGGACCGAGCCAAAAAGUCCAUGAAGGCCUGGACCCUCCGAGGCAGAACCUGGGACUACAACGUCAUGGUCAAGAGGUACCCUGAUGAGGCUACCAGACAGGCUCUUCUGGAAGACCUCCGUGAAAGGAAUUUUUUAAUUUUUAAUGACCCCAUGGACGUACCUGCUGAAUCCAGUGACAGCCCACCAGGCGCUGCAGUUAAAACACACAACAAAAAUCGUUGUAGGCCUGCUCUGCCGACUCUCCAAGACUGCCAGAGAGUCCUCAGAGUGUCACAUGAUGACAUAUUGGACAUACAGAGGAGGCUCCUGGAUCAGCAGCAUGUGGAAGACGACGAGAACACUCUGUUCCGUUACUUCUGCGAAGCCAUCCUGGUCCUAAGAUACUUCCAGCGACCAGAUGCAGUGAUGGCACUCACAGCUUCAGAUUGGCUCAACAAAAAACAUGUUGAGGGACGAAUCCACAUGGGGAUCUCAAAGAACAGUGAGACAAUUUCACUCACAGAGGAGGACUCUGCUAUGCUGGACACAUACUUCCAUAAGGUUCGUUCAGGAUGUCUGCAGGGCCGUGUGGAUGACCAGGCCAGAUUUUUCCUGUCCAAACAAGGAAAACCGGUGGGCUGCGUUUCAACUGACCUUAAGCGUCUGCAUGAACAGUAUGAAUUACCAAGCUUUUUAAGCAGAGAAGUCUGUGAAGCCCAAAGAUCCAGUACCUCGACAUGUUCUCCUUCUGAUGAGCCGGCCAAUAAUAAGAGAGGUCAGAAACGGAAAAGAGGCAGAGGCCCAGCUGACCAACACGACAAGGACUUCGGAGCGUUUUACCAACGCUUCCCAGCGACGGCGAGUAGCAGCCCGCCCACGAAAAAGAAACUGAUCGCUGCGGGGUUUCCACCUGACAGAGCCUUCUAUGACCGCUGGAGGUCUAUGCAGUUGGCCCAGCGGGAGAAGCAUCUCUUGUCCCAGUUUGCAAAACGGCCCCCGACUGUCAGCCGGGUGUCACUGCUCAUCAAAAAAGAGGGUUGGACUUCCAACUGUCCUCGCCCCAAGGACGUCGUGGCGAAGUGGAAACCGGUGCUGUCGGAGACGGAUCCAUGGAUCCUCGCUAUGAUCGAUAGCCAAAAGUGGACUGGCAUGGCCCUCAAGCACUUUGGUUGCACAAAUGGACAAGGAGUUGUUGCCAUCAAACACUUCGCCAUGGGAUCCAUUGUCUGCGAUUACCAUGGCAAGGUGAUCACAGCAGCAGAGGGUCGGAAAAUUAUGGAGUCGACCCAGGAUGAUACGUGCAAGCUUUUAUUUUUUCAUGGUGGUGGUCGGGACCUGUGCGCUGACGCUCGGACCUUCCCGUGCGAGUGUCACCCAACAGGAGACCCCAUGGGCCGGAGGAUCAGUCAUUCCUCCGACGGGGCGAACCUGAGGCCGGUCCACUACAGGUUAAACUUCCCUGGAGGACUGAGGGAUGUCAUCAUUUUGCGAGCCACAAGAGACAUUGAGGUCUGUGAAGAGCUGCUCUUAAAUUACGGCCUCAAGUGCACGUCUUCUCGAGUGCCUGGAUGAGUGUUCAUUCGCCACUCUAUCUAUAUACACACUGCAUGUUCUUUUGCACAUUGCAACGUUUUCUAAAUGUUCUAAUGGACUUAAAUGUACAAUAAAGACUUUA